AUGAAAUACAUCCACGAACCUCAAGACACCAGGCGACCAAACGUCAUGGCAGUACAACUUGACGAUAAGACACAACCUGCUUCCCAUAAUCUAAUCUCCUUCCCUAUCUCUUUGUUUCUCUCUCUCUCUCCUUCCCUAUCUCUUUGUUUCUCUCUCUCUCUCCUUUCCUAUCUCUUUGUUUCUCUCUCUCUCUCCUUUCCUAUCUCUUUGUUUCUCUCUCUCUCUCCUUUCCUAUCUUUUGUUUCUCUCUCUCUCCUUUCCUAUCUCUUUUGUUUCUCUCUCUCUCCCUUUCCUAUCUCUUUGUUUCUCUCUCUCUCUCACCUUUCCUAUCUCUUUGUUUCUCUCUCUCUCUCCUUUCCUAUCUCUUUGUUUCUCUCUCUCUCUCCUUUCCUAUCUCUUUGUUUCUUUCUCUCUCUCCUUCCCUAUCUCUUUGUUUUUCUCUCUCUCUCUGUUUUUCUCUCUCUCUGUUUUUUUCUCUCUCUCUCUGUUUUUUUCUCUCUCUUUCUCUCUCUUUAUCACUUUGUGCCUGUUACUCUCUUGCAUUCCCAUUAUCUCUGUGGCUAUUGUUUUCUCUACCUCUCACUUUAUAUCUGCUUUUCCUUCUCCCUCUCUCUGUGUCUGCUUCUUUCCCUCUUUCUCAGUAUCUAUUGA